CGGGGUGUCACGCACGUGGGCCUCGUCGCGAGGUCGUCAUCGCCAAGCGCCUCACCAGGUCACUGCCUUCGCGCAGCCUUUUCUGAUUCACUAUAUAGCGCAGCACCUCUUCCCAAACCACACCGAACACGACUACCAUGAGCCCCACGCCCACCUACCCACCUGCGUCUACCGCCACUGCGCCGGCGAACCCCGCGCCUGUCGCGCAGCAGCCAGGCGCCAACACGGGCAUGUCUGUGUCUCGCGAGGCGCAGAACCAAGAGCAGAAGGCAGAGAGAUUGAGGGGUGGAUGCAUUCCGCUUCCUAACGGCGGUCGCUGCUGGAUCAUCCCCAUCCCCUGCUGCUGCUAAGCGCUUGCGGAGUUAUACAUACUCCCCGCUGCUUUACGACCCAUGAUGCCAGAGAUUCCGACGGACCAAUAUAUGUUGUUCAAUUGCAAUGUCAGCCUCGCUUGCCCAAACAAACUUUAUCCCCUCAAUCAGGAUUGAGGAUACUGCAGGAUGGAAUAACGUGUCUAUUUGCCAAAUGGCUAUCAGACGCCUAGCUCAGAAUCAGCGCAUCUUGGAUAUAGCUCAUAGCCGGCCGUAUAUGAUCUGCUGAGUGUUUGAUCCAGCA